AACCUAUAAUAUUUGUAUUUUAUUAGUUUUUAUUAUGACUGGUCGAGGAAUUGCUUUAAACACAACCAGGGAGCUAGAAUCAGAGCGCACCUGUUGGAUAUGCUUUGCCACCGAGUCGGAGAACCGUCGUGCCACCUGGGUGCACCCGUGCGAGUGCCGCGGCAGCACCAAGUGGGUGCAUGAGAGCUGCCUCUCUCGCUGGAUUGAUGAGAAGCAGAAUGGCGAUACGCGAAUGAAAGUCAUUUGCAUGCAGUGCCGCUUUGAGUACCACAUCAUUUUUCCGAAGGUGGGCCGCAUCGCCAUGUUCUUGGAGUUGUGCGGGAAUGCGAUCCGUCGGCUCAGUCCAUUCGUUACCGCUUUUGCCGUUUUGCUCUCCGUCUACUGGGCGGCCGUCACAUAUGGGGGCAUCACGCUCAUUCAGGUGCUCGGCAUGGAACGCGGCAUGGAACUCAUUGAGCAGGGGGACGCAAUCUUUAUAUUGAUCGGACUGCCAAUAAUACCGGUGGUCCUGAUCAUCAGUCGUUUCUUCCGCUGGGAGGACAUUCUAUUGCAACUCUGGCACAAUCGUCACAGUGUUGCCCGCAAAUUGCCGCUGAUCAACCGGUUGCUGUACGCCCAUACCGACGUGGAGACGGUGUCCAAUGUUGAGGAUACACCUUUAGCCGAUGCUCCUUUCGACUUUUCCUCCAUCUUUUGCGGUGCUUUUUUAAUGCCCAGCAUUUCAACAAUUUUCGGCUGGGUGUUAUAUAGGAACGUGGCAUCGGCGCUGCGUCGCACGCUCCUCGGCGGCUUCACGUUCAUUGCUGUGAAGGGCAUCCUCAAGAUCUAUUUGCGGCAGAAGGUGUAUCUGAAAAAGAGACGUCGUCACAUCAUCGACUACACAGAGGAGAAUGUGCGCAUCCACACGACUGGCGCACAGAGCAAUCAGCUUCAAGCAAAUAUGUGACAAGAUUGUGAUGGUUAUGAUGAGUCGAUAGCUAUGAUGAUGAGCAAUGUGAAUUCGAUGAGCUGGAAGAUGAAGUUUUGAAUGCGACUGCGACUGCGACAAUGCAACUGGAUGAUUCCGAUGCCGAUGAUCACGAAACGACGGAUCAUCUUGUUAUAAGCACACCAGACCGUCCAUAUACACUGUCUCUUGAUUACAUUUUUGGAUGAUUCUCGAACCAACCCAAACCAAAUUGUUCUCAAUUAUGAUAUUACAAUCUAAAUUUGUAGUAUUUUAAUUAAAUCAAUUAUAUAAUA